AGCGAAGCAAAUUUACAGAAACGAAGAAGACGAAGAAAAAACAUUCACAAACGCCUCUAAUGGCGCAGGCCGUUCAGAAAAACACUCUAUACGUCGGUGGUUUAGCGGAGGAGGUGAACGAAUCUAUUCUUCACGCAGCCUUCAUUCCCUUCGGCGACAUCAAAGACGUCAAGACGCCAUUGGAUCAAGCCACUCAGAAGCACCGUUCCUUCGGCUUCGUCACUUUCUUGGAAAAGGAAGAUGCAUCCGCUGCUAUGGAUAAUAUGGACGGUGCUGAGCUUUAUGGUCGUGUGCUUACUGUUAACUAUGCCCUCCCUGAGCGUAUCAAGGGUGGUGAACAAGGAUGGGCUGCUCAACCUAUUUGGGCGGAUGCGGAUACGUGGUUUGAAAGGCAGCAACAAGAGGAGGAAAUGCAGCGUCUUCAAGCUGAGAAUCGAGCAGCUAUGGAGGCUGCGGAGGAGCUGCACAGGAAGAAACUAGCGCAGGAACGAGAAGGGGAGAAAGACGAGGAGGUAGACACCAAGGUCGAUCCCAUGGCUAAGGCUGAAGCUGAGGUUUUAAGACAGAACAGUUGAAAACCUACCAUUCUGUGAGGUUCCUCUUCACAAUGACAUUCUCCUUCUGCUCCCGUAGUUAAUUCCAUUCACAAAGUAUAGUUUUGAUAAGCUGAAAAAUAUUCACAUUUCAUGAAUUUUUGUAAUCUUAUUGGAAAAGAAUACCUUAGAAAGUAGGAGUUUUAAAUCUGGCAGCACUGUUGUUUUAGUUCACCCCUUCCUCCGCUUUGUUCUUUUAAUUCCAUUGAGUUUUUUUUUUUUU